GGAUUAAGUUAUUAACAUUUUGUUAGUGUUGGCUUGUCUAUCGUUUUGAUGAACUUGGAAUUGACUUAAAAUACAUGACUUGUAAACUCAGGCAGUUUAUCAACAAUACUAUCUCAAUUGCAGCUCGAGGAAUAAAAAAAAGAAUAUUUUAGUGUUGAUAAAAACUCAGAACAUUACAUGAUCAAAUCUUAUAGAUUCUCAAAUUGCUGAACUGAUAAAUUAUUGUUUACAGUUUUGAAUUUGGUGCACAAUUCGAAAAGUUUCUGGAGACGCCGAUAGAGUGCAUACAUUCCCCUAUGCUUGUUUGUAAGGUAGUCUUGAACCCAAAACCCAUUACAUACAAAACACUCUCAAACCCCUCGAAUUUCAGAAUUCCUAUUUAUUUUUGAAGUUUUAUUAGAUGAUUCUAAGGUUUUAAAAGUUCUAUUAUAAUUUUUAAGUUUGCUUUGAAGCAGAAGUUUUGUUAACAAAGACAAAUUUUCAAUCUUUGAAAACAGUUUCUCCUACCGCCGGCAUAUCGAGCUUCAAGACCGCGCCAUCUUCGUUUUGAACAAAGCCAGGUUGAGUGAGUUGCUGUGCGUUAGUGGAAGUUAUAACUUCUCUUUAAACUUUAGUCAAAAUGAGUACGAAAGAAAAUAACUCAGAAGUCGCCGUAGACAAAGUUACGGAAAACAACGACAAGGCUGGAGGUGAUGUAAAAGCAGAAGUUAAAGGAACAAAAAGGCCAGCAGAGGACAAAGUUGACGAUGUCAAAAAAGCCAAAAAAGAAGAAAACGGCGAAGAAGAAGAGUUAGACGACGAGGAGGAUGUUGAAGGGGAGGAGGAGGACGAGGAGGAGGAAUUACCUGAAGGAGAAGAGGACCUAGGCGAAGAAGAAGAGGACGAGGAUGAUGGAGAAGGCGACGAAGACGACGAGGAUGCAUAAUGAGUGCGAUGCGAUACGUGUGAGUGAGUGAGAUGGACUGAGCGACGAGUGAGUGCGUGCGUGUGACCGCCUGCCUUCCCCUCCCGCCCACUGGCCGCAGCAGCAGCGGUGAACGCCUGGUCGCCGCCUCAUCACAGCAGUGUAUUCUGGACGAAGUGCUACGAACGCGUGCUAUGUUUCAGUGUGAAUGAAUCUACGAGUGUAAUGUUCACAAUUAUUAUUAAUAUAUAUAUAUUAUUGCUAUGAUGUUAUUGUGGCGAGCAGGCGCUCACCUCUCCACCCUCCAACACCGACUGCCGUACAUAAGCAGGGGGAGGCAGACGAUUUUUAAAUGAAAUUAAUUUAAAAGUCGAAUGGUUCUAUGAUAAUUUUUUAAUUUUAAAUAAUAUAAUAUAUAGUGAGCUACGGACUUGGGACUGGUCUUUUUGUUUUCUCGGCGGUGCGGUGUGUUACAUUCGCCUCACAUGGAUAUUUGAUCGCCGCACCUGGGUCCGCGUCCUCUUCUCUUUACUUAUAAGGUCUGUGAAAAUAGUUUACAAAAGACUAGACUACUCGUUCAACAACUCUAGACACGAUGCAAUUUCCAUUGAGAUCAAUUUCAUUAUUUAUUAUUAAUUAUUAUUUCCACUUUGUUGAUAUUAUUAUAAUAAGGUAUUGCAAUGGCGGCAGAUAUGCUGCCGGGAAUUAACAGCUCUCGACUGGCAAUAAGUUAGACAAGAUUGGGAUCGGCCGCCGCUCCAGUGUCCAAUACAUGCGACGGUCGAUCUUCUCUUUAUUUAUUCUUUUUCUAAGGAAUAAUAGUAAUUUGAUACAUAAACUGUUUCUAAAAUAUAGUUGAUGAGUUUCAUAGAGUAUUAAUAUAUUGUAGAUUUGUGUCAUUUGUGUGUUCAUAGAUAUUGUUGAUAAUACAUCAUAAUUUAUUUAUGAUCAGAAAUUCUUCCUCCUUUCAGUCGUUGGUAAUACACCUUUGUCAAGAAAAUUAAUACAUAGUUGAAAUGCCGUCUUAGCUCGGCAGCCCUCCUGUACGCUCAUUGCGACUAUUUCUACGCAGUUGCAAAUUUGUAUCGGUAAUACCUGGUCUUUUAUUUCUCUGAAAAAGUACAAGGCUACUUUGUAAGUUGUAAAUCUUUGUAAUUUUAAUAGAUCGACUAAAUUUUUUUUAUUUUAGUUUGAUGUUUGCUUUAUUUAACCCGAUCCAGCCGUUGGUCUGCUGUUCGGUAGGCUCUGCUGUGAGGCGCAGGCGCUGGUCGUCAUUGCGCUCAAUAAUGAUCAUUUUGUACUUAAUCAAUUUUUAAUAUUGAAAACUACAGGGCAGUAAUAUUUAUAAAUUAGUGUAAUUAAUUCUUGCUGAAAGUCCAUUAAGUAAAUUCCAUUUUUACUGAUUUACUUAUAACUGACAAAAGAUAAAUGUUCUCAUGAAAUUUGUAAAUUAUGUAUUUUAAUUAAGGACUGACCUCCAAUGCUUAUUGAAAAAUUAUUCUUAAGUAUUUACUUUCAUACUCUUUUGUAUUUUGUUUUCUUGAUUUCUAUUUAAUUAAACGCCCUCCAAAGUAAA